AGCUGUGAUACCACGGAGGAAGAUGUCAACCGAAGUUCCUUCAGCACCUGAGCUGGAGAAGUGUCGCCAGAAGAAGCCCUACUCCUUCACCAUCGAGAGCAUCCUUUCGGGCUCGGCGGAGACCAGAGCCCCCGUCCUCUUCCCUUUCUGUUUCCGAGGUAUUUGGGAGCAGGAGGACCCCAAAACCUUGUGCUUUUGGGGGAACCUGGCCACCGAGGAAGAAGAGACAGAGGAAGGAGAAAGAGUUGGGUCGUCCUCGUGCAGCUGUUGCUGCUGUCCCAGGGAGCAAGUCCGCACCUGGCAAGACGGUGCAAAUUGGCUGGGGGACACCAGGUACGCGUGGCCCAUGAGGCUCUUCUACCCCCUGGCCAGGCCUUGCAGGAAUCACCGCGGCAGCCCGAGCGAGCUUCAAAGCUUCCAGCAGAUCCAGCGACGGACACGGCGACAUCGGACCAUCUUCACGGAGGACCAGCUCCAGGCCUUGGAGACCCUUUUCCAUAAGAAUCAAUAUCCAGACGUGAUCACCAGGGAACACUUAGCCAGCCAGAUCCACCUGAAGGAAGAGAGAGUUGAGGUAUGGUUUAAAAACCGCCGAGCCAAAUGGAGACAUCAGAAAAGAGCGACGGCUUCGUCACUCAUCCUUCCUGGAGCCAAGAUUUCCUCCGAAGAGAACUGUUAACGGAACCGGUUGAACCCAGAUUAUCCAUGCAGCAAAAAGCUAUAGGUUAGCGGAGUUCACAUAUCCUCUGUUUUGAUUAACCACGAUUGAUUGAUCCAUCAGCUCACGUCAGGCUGUGUUUAGUCGUUACACCUGAUUGGAUUCCAUGCCAUGAUAGCUCAGUAGAUUACAGUCCUUGA